AUGGAGGGCUUCGAAGGAUUAGUUAACUUGAAGAGACUAUAUCUUGAAAAAAAUUGUAUAGUAAGAUUAGAAGGGCUGUAAAAUUGCAGAAAAUUAGAAGAGCUGUACCUUUCAAAGUAAACUCUGCCUAAUGAUGUUGAAUUUACCUUUGAUGAUUAUACUUUGGCUGCAAUAUCUAUGAGUCUAAGAGUAUUAGACGUGCAGUAAUGUAAUGUAAUUCAAGCAGAUCCUAUAUAUUACUUGGAGUCUUUAGUUUAACUUAAUAUGAGAGAUAAUUAUAUUGGUGAAAUCGAAGGAGUGAUUCAAUUUUUGAGAACUCUAAAUAAUCUUCGUGAGUUAGAUUUGAGAGGGAAUCCAGUAUAAAAGCAAAAGGAAAUUAAGGCAGAGAAACAAAAUUAAGCAAUUAUUAGAAGAUAAAAUUCAACUUCAAGAUUAGUAGGUUAGAACCAACCAUAAAUGUCUGAUUUUCAAUCGCAUAGUACUACUGCUCCUAAUUUUGGUUCAAAAAGACAAGGAUCAUAGGUGAAACCAGGAAAUCUAAGUUAAUAGAACCAAAAUCCAUUUGGAGUCACAAACAGAGGUUACAAAGGACAUUUGGUUAAGGGGAUGGGCAAACCACCACUUUCAAACAUGAAUAACAAUGGACAACCCAAUAAGGUUAUGCAAUAGGCAGGUUUAUCUAUACUUGGGAACUAAAUGACAUUAGGAGGAACUAUGUAUGAAGGAAAUUAAAAUUACAAUGAUUCAAACGUGGAUUCGAUGGGCUAAGACGGGCAAUAUUCUGCUAAGAAUGCAGCUCCAAAAAGAUAUUCUGCAAAUUUAGUGUCAAACACCGAUUUCUCAAUGGGGACAUAACAUAUGAAUACAAAGAUGAUGCCUAGGAGAUUGUGA